UGUCUGGUGUGUCUAAAGUUGUAGUAAGUUCCCUGCCAUCAAGUUCAAGUCGAGCUGCUCGCUACAUAAACAACAUUGGCCGCAAUGGAAAUUGACGACGAUGAGAUCCUCAGAGGCCUUGCCGCAGGCCGCUCUAUGGAGUACUCCUCAUGGCCUGCCUUGCUACCGCGUGUGACGGCGCGUAUUGAAAAGAUCGCCCGUGAGGCGUUUCCCAUACCCAAGCUCCCGCCGCCUCCACCUCCACCGCAGCCCUUUUCCUCGGCCGCAACCAUUCCGUCAUCUGUCCCACGAGGCCCCGAUUCAGACUUGUCGGAAAACUUCUUGGCACCAUUGUCAUCAUCGUCGCCCGCAGAUCGCCGCCAUUCGAGCCCACUAUCGGAUACGAAUAAAGAGAAUAACAAUCCCGUUGUGCCGCAGGCGGCCCCGUCUGCUCCCUCCGCCCCAGCCGCCCCUGCUCCUCUCCCACCUGGCGUUCUACCACCACAGCUCGACCGCAUGCUCUCUGAAAUUACAUCAUACCUUAAAUCGACAUUUCCUACAUAUCCACCGCACACCAUACAGCGGAUCUCAGAGCUUGUUGUAAACCCAAAACAACACUAUCGCUCGGUAAUCACCUAUCUCCACGCCCUCGAUCGCGUAGUUCGUGUCACAUCAGGACUCAACGUCUACCCCUUGCCCUCCACACAUGCCGAGAUACCGACGAACCUAGCAAAUGGCGUUCUAGAGGCCCCCGCCCGCCCAUCACCAUGGGCCUCUCCGGGAAGUGAUGAAGCGCUAGGAGGGGCUCUUCUAACCCCAAUCCCGUGGAUUCCGCACAAUCAACGAUCAGUCACGGGCUCAUCUAUGCAAGCGGCGCAAUUAUCACACACCCAACAGCCACAGCCCACAAGUUCGGCGCAAGAAGUACCAGCAGAAUUUGAAGGAGAGGUACGGACUGAGAGCACCGAGACGAUCGAUGGCCCCAACGGCGUGGGGAGCAUUGAGACAGUCUCGGUAUCAGUCAAUGGAAUUCCUUCCAUGGGAGCUCGAGGUGUCAGCGUAACGCAAGGUGAGUUAUUGCGACAAGAACAAGAAGCAGGUGUCGUACCUGUCAGCCAGCUCGUACCUAGCCAUCACAUUCACCCUGGGUCCAAUGCAAGUGCCGCCGCACAACAGCAACAGCAGAUUCAAGCACGCAUUCAGCAGCAACGAUCAUUAGCCCAAUCCCAAAAUCAAGCACGCGUCCCAUCUACGGAACCCUCUGACUCACCGAGCCCAGCAUCUAAUACCGUGUCAACACCGUCCACCACAACUCUCGACGGAGAGUGUGUGGCUGCCACUGCUGACAACAUACCAGUCGCGAUAGGAUCCGUUCAUAGCAACAACGCUGAGGACGAGGAGAAACCGCAUGCAUCCGGCCCUGAGGAGAUUGGCGCCGAUGACCUAGGUCCACAGUCCACAACAUCGUCAACCCUCCCUGCCUCGACCUCCACAACCGGUAGUAGGAUGCAGGGAAUUGAUAUUCAAGCUGCCGUGGGUCGUAAACCUCUCGACACUUUAACCCCGGCGAAUAGUGAAGACAACGCUAAAAAUGACGAGAGCGAAGAGAUGGAGGUUGACGAGGAUAAACGGGAGCCGCGAGCCUCGACGCCUAAGCGUAGCGCAGAAGAAGGCCUUGGAGGUUCCGCAAGCAAAAAGCUCAAGGAAGAAAAUCCUGAUUCGGCCGUUACUGAUGAGGACCCGAAGCCCAAUGAGGCCGGAUCAACGAGUGAAGAGGUUAGCAACGAGGAUGCCAUGGAUAAAGACUAGGGUGUUCGUUUCCAUCUUUUGGCUGGACGGGCGAUAGCUCUCCGUAAUGUCAAGUUGAUGGGGACACAAUGAUAUGGGGUUACGAUAAGGCGUCAUUCAUAGAGCAAGGGGAUUGUCUCUACACUGGGAAAUUCAAAUUGGCCUUGUAUGGAGCCUCGGCGAAACCGGCAUGGACGGGUGAUAAAUGAGUAAAUGGGAUAUAAUUUGAGGAAGUACUAGUUUUCAUGUUUGCAAAACGACAAGACUCGUCCUAGCGGAGAUAGGAUGGGCAAUGAUACCAAGUUUCCAAGAAACAUCUUCGAUUUGAUAUCUAACUACGACUACCUACUCAUAUUUACUGAUUAUAUGGCUAUGAGAGAUUGUGAUAUUGUGACUGGAGGGGAUGCUCUACCGGGGACAUCAGCUAGACUCGUGAUCUGCAAGGUAUAUGUGUCCAGGCAAUCAGCUGAGUAGAAGUUCAGAUUUGUUAAAGCCGUCUGCUAGUAGAGCUCAAGUUUCAGCAGCGGGAUAGUCAAGCCGUUGCUACCUAAGUACCUACAC